CUCCAAUAUUUCCCACUUCUUUAGUCAUUACCCCUCAAAAUACAGAGAGAAAACACACAAACACAAGCAGCUCUUUUUGCUCGUCAUGGGAAAUUAUAGGUUUAGAUUAUCAGAUAUGAUGACAAAUGCUUGGUUUUACAAGCUCAAGGACAUGAGCAAAAUCAGCAGCAACAAAAGCAAAGGGCAUAACCACACCACCUCAAUUUCUUCAACAUCAUCAUUCUCAGCAUCAAAUCUUCAAUCAGACCAAAAAAUAAAACAACCCCACAUCACUACUUACCCAAGAAAAUCAUAUUACAUUUCAAGAAACCUUAGUCCAACAAAUAAUAACCAUGAAAUAUUUUCCCAAAAUCCUUCCUCAAACAACCCAAAACUCUCUGACAAUAAUAUUAAUUUUUCAAAGAAAAGGCGUAGCACUACAAGGAGAAGAAUUAAUUCUCCUAAAAUUGUCACUUCUUCUGUUUCAGCUAGUUGCAGUUGCCGUGCUUCUCUUGAAUCAGUUUGGACUAAACCUGAUUCCACCCCUGAAGAUUAUCCAAAUUCACCUAAUGCCCCCUCAUCUUCUUCUUCUGAAACAUUAGACCCCAUAAUUUCACUUUCACCAUCUUGUGGUUGCAGAGUUAAUGAAAUGAACAAAGAUUCUCUCAAUUAUGAUCAUGGGUUUACGUCUAUUUCCAAAAUUGACCUUCCCCCGAUUAUAACCAAACCCAAAAAGUUCAACGGUUCGGCCCAAGAAAAGGAUGAAAAACAGAGGAUUUCUACAGUGAGAAGAGUGUCAGUGAGUUCAACAACUGGUGUGAAGCUAAGAACAAACUCUCCAAAAAUAACAAACAGCAAGAAAAUUCAAGGAGUUAGCAGAAAGAGUGUUAGUUCAAGAAGGAGUAGUAGUAGUGUUUCAGAAAGUUUUGCAGUGGUGAAAUCAUCUAAAAAUCCACAGAAAGAUUUUAGAGAGUCAAUGGUGGAGAUGAUAAUGGAAAAUAAUAUAAGGACUUCAAAGGAUUUGGAAGAACUUCUUGCUUGUUAUCUUUCUUUGAAUUCAGAUGAGUAUCAUGAUCUUAUCAUUAAAGUGUUCAAGCAAAUUUGGUUUGACAUCACUGAUAUUCGGCUAAAGUAAAUAUAAAAAGACGAGUAUGCUGGAAUUUUUAUAAGGUAUGUCAAUAUUUGAAAAAGUGAACGAAUGAAUAAAUUAAUGUAACAACAAGUGGUAUCAUUUUUUAUAUUUUUAUCCAAUAUUUUAAUUUUAUUUAUACAUACAAAUUGCAAAAAAUUCUGAUAAAGCGGUGUCAUGUGAUACCGCUUCAAGCAAGGUGCUUACGUUCUUGGCUGAACCACAAGAGUUUAUUGUACGCAAUCUUACCCUAUAUUUCUGCAAGAAGCUGUUUCAAGGCUAAAAUCCGUGACCUAAAGAUGACAUGGCAGUUAUGUCUAAGGCUCCCUUUCAAGGCUAACGUAAAUAUGAAUGUAUUCUUUCCUUUUCUCAUAGUUAUGAUAUGUGUAUUAUAGUAAAAAAUUCAUAACGUCGUUCCUCCAUUGUUAA